UAUAGUAAUACAGAAGAGAGCAUUGUGGAAACCGUUACCGGCAAAAGUGAUUCUUGUUUAGACCUGUUGUUCUGCUUUACUACAUUGACCUUAAAAUUCAAGAUACUUCUUGAGUUUCUUGCACAAGUUGUUGAUUUGAAAGAAAAUUUUCAAAACAUUUCAUCAUGUCGGCCGCAAUGGCUUCUACAGUUUCUAUUCAUACAGAAGACGAUUUGGAUGCUUAUAACAAUCAAGUGAAACUACUCAAAACUUUGGAGGGAAAUGGCAUUACAGCUGCGGAUGUUAAGAAAUUGGAGGAGGCCGGUUACCACACGGUGGAAUCUGUUGCAUACACUCCAAAAAAAGUUCUUCUUCAAAUUAAAGGAAUCAGUGAUGCAAAGGCCGACAAAAUUCUCCAAGAAGCUUCGAAACUUGUUGUUAUGGGUUUUAAAACAGCGACAGAAAUCCAUCAGAAUCGUGCAAACAUAGUUUAUAUCACCACAGGUUCGCAGGAAUUGGACAGACUUCUUGGAGGUGGCAUUGAAACUGGAUCUAUUACAGAAAUAUUUGGCGAAUUUCGUACUGGGAAAUCACAGCUCUGUCACAGUUUAGCCGUUAAUUGUCAAUUGCCAAUUGAUAUGGGUGGAGCAGAGGGAAAAUGCCUUUACAUUGAUACCGAAGGAACUUUUAGACCUGAAAGAUUAAUUGCCACAGCUGAAAGAUACAAGAUUAGUGGGGAUUCGGUUCUUGACAACGUGGCGUGCGCUCGUGCUUUCAACACAGACCAUCAGACAAAGCUUUUGAUUGACGCCACAGCAAUGAUGACUGAAUCUAGAUACGCGUUGCUGAUCGUGGACAGCGCCACAGCUCUUUACAGAACGGAUUAUUCAGGUAGAGGUGAAUUAUCAGCGAGGCAAAUGCACCUCGCGAGAUUUCUGAGGAUGUUGCUGAGACUCGCCGAUGAAUUUGGAGUUGCAGUUAUCAUCACCAACCAAGUUGUUGCGCAAGUUGACGGAGCCGCCAGUAUGUUUGGCGGCGAUCAGAAGAAACCCAUUGGCGGUAAUAUCAUUGCUCAUGCCAGUACAACUAGAUUAUACUUGCGCAAGGGACGAGGCGAAACUAGAAUUUGCAAAAUUUACGACUCUCCCUGUUUACCUGAAAGCGAAGCAACCUUCGCUAUCAACGCCGAUGGUAUUGGCGACGCUAAAGAAUAAUUUUAUUUUUUUUCAUUCACACACAAAUUAUUACCAAAAUUUCGUUAGUUUCGUUAGAAAUAUUCUAUUCUCCAGUUUCAAAUUCCAGUAAAUAUGCUAAGAAAACAAAUAGUCUUUAUUUUAUAUGUAUAUAUAUAUAUUUAAUCUUGUCUUUUUUGAAACUACUCUUGCAUAGACUUUAUUCAAAACUAUAGACUAUUUAUUUAUAGUUUUUAUUUCUUAACUAUUAGUGUAAGGAAAAAUUUAAACUUUUUGUUCUAGUUUCAGAAAUGAUAUAAUGAAAAAAUUAUUUGAGAAAAAAUGCUAUACUCUAUACAUUUGUAAAGCAAUACUUUUAAAUAGCUUUAGAGAAUUUUUUUCUAUACUAAAAAAAAUGUUGACGCCGGAACGUCCUAAACUGACAAUAAACUUGAUCUAAAAUUAUUCUUAUUAAAAAGCGGAAAAAUUCCUCUAUUUUUGUAAAACUAUCAUUCAAGUUGAAAAAUUCUCUUUUAAAAAAUUUACUGUGGAAAAAUAAUACCAAAUAACAAAUAUUCUGUAUACAAUAAGAAAUUCGUAUUAUUAUUGUAUAGUAAUAUUAUAAAUCAAAUAAAAUAGUUUUCUACUGUAAAUAAAAUUUACUGAGUAUAAA